GUCAGUGGAGCCUGGGAAAGAUGUGGCCCGCUGUAAUCUCAGCAAGUGUCAUUUAAAAUCAAAAUGCUUCAGAGCCCGUUGGAAAUAGUAGAAUAUUGCCAUAUGCAAUGGACACUGAUCUCAGUUCCCAGGACAGGAAGGACCUGGACAAGUUCAUCAAAUUUUUUGCUUUAAAGACAGUACAAGUAAUUGUCCAGGCCCGACUUGGAGAGAAAAUCUGUACCCGCUCAUCAUCCUCCCCAACAGGUUCUGACUGGUUCAAUUUGGCAAUCAAAGAUAUACCAGAGGUUACUCAUGAAGCAAAGAAAGCCCUGGCAGGACAGCUGCCCGCUGUUGGACGGUCUAUGUGCGUGGAGAUUUCUCUCAAAACCUCAGAGGGGGACUCCAUGGAGCUGGAAAUUUGGUGUUUAGAAAUGAAUGAGAAGUGUGACAAAGAAAUCAAAGUUUCAUACACUGUAUACAACAGGCUGUCUCUACUGCUGAAGUCUUUGCUUGCUAUAACCAGAGUAACUCCAGCCUACAGACUCUCAAGGAAACAAGGCCAUGAAUAUGUAAUAUUGUACAGGAUAUAUUUUGGUGAAGUCCAGCUGAGUGGCUUGGGAGAAGGUUUCCAGACAGUCCGUGUUGGGACAGUGGGUACCCCAGUGGGCACCAUCACUUUGUCUUGUGCCUACAGAAUCAACCUUGCUUUCAUGUCAACCAGGCAGUUUGAGAGGACCCCUCCUAUCAUGGGGAUUAUAAUUGAUCACUUUGUGGACCGUCCCUAUCCCAGCUCUUCACCCAUGCAUCCCUGCAAUUACAGAGCUGGUGAGGACAAUGGUGCAGUGUACCCCUCAGUAGAAGAUUCCCAAGAAGUGUGCACCACAUCUUUUUCCACCUCUCCUCCAUCUCAGUGUGUUUUUACUGUCACAAAGGCACAUUUUCAGACCCCUCCUCCUGUGGUGACGGACACCUUGAAGGUCCCAGUGAUGGGACUGGCCUUUUCACAUCAACUUUCCAGCUCUCGUCUUUCCUAUCAGCCUGCUGCCCUGGGAGUUGGAUCAGCUGACAUGGGGUAUCCUGUACUCUUUGCUGGUGGCUUGAAUGCUGCACACCCUCACCAGUUGAUUGGUCCAGGCAAAGAAGGGGGAGUUCCCUCAGUUCCUAGCCAGCCAGCACAUGGCACUCAAGCUGACCAAGAGAGGAUGUGCACCCCACUGGAUGGAGUCCAUUACUCAGCAGCUACUCCUUCUAGCAGCGAGGACACAGAAACAGUAUCCAACAGCAGUGAAGGAAAGUGUGGCUCCCCACAUGACCUUUUGGAGACCAUCUUUAUCCGGAAGGUUGGAGCUUUUGUCAACAAACCCGUUAACCAGGUGACCAUGGCCAACUUAGACAUUCCUUUUGCCAUGUUUGCUCCCAAGAAUGUUGAGCUGGAAGAUAACGACCCCAUGGUCAAUCCUCCUGAAUCCCCAGAAAUGGAAUCUCCUCUACAAGGCAGCUUACACUCGGAGGGCUCCAGUGGCAGCAGCACAGGGAACACCCAUGAUGACUUUGUCAUGAUUGACUUUAAACCAGCAUUUUCAAAAGAUGACAUUCUUCCAAUGGACCUGGGGACAUUUUACCGUGAAUUUCAGAACCCCCCUCAACUCAGCAGCCUCUCCAUUGACAUUGGAGCACAGUCCAUGGCAGAGGAUUUGGACUCGUUACCAGAGAAGCUGGCAGUCCACGAGAAAAACGUCAAAGAAUUUGAUGCUUUUGUGGAAACCUUGCAGUGAAGCUGUUUUCCAGUUCUGCUGCAGCAAUUCUUUCUCCUCAAGGCAUCCUGGAGAUGACAUCAACUAAUAUCUCUAUCGCCCCUGCUCUGCCUUUUGUUCACAUUGACUAGAUCCUUCCAUCAAGUGAGCUUUCUUUUCUUUCUUCAGUGACAGAUAUGGCUCAUCUGCUGAUUCUCCUCAACUCUUCCACCACAUAGUUCUGGACCGUUUUUCCUCUUCACAGUCAGUUUUAAGACUUCAGUAGGGACACAGGAGGUCAAACUCCAGUGUAUGGAAACUUACUGCCGCCUCAGUCUGUGUUCUGUAUGGAGGGGCUUUGUGCUAAGUUGCCAUAUGCUUCCUCCAAAGGUCCUAUGGUGUAAGUGCCCUAGGUAGAGCUUCUUGCUAACAGACGUUUUCCUACAGUCUGAUCCUGUAAGAGUAUAGAAAGCUUUGGCUUAUUUCCAGGGUCUGUGAGUUCAGCAAAUUCAACCAUCUGAAGUCCAGGACAUCCAUUCCACAGAACUGGGCAUUUCAUCCUGACUUCAGAGUGUGUGCUUGGAGCCCAGGGAGAGACAUUAACUUUGGGACCUGCAUAAUACAAGUUACCUUUGUUUUCCUGCUUCUAAGGAACUGGGUCUCUACACAGUGAUUUUGUGCAAGGCCCUCUGUUAGGUGGCUGAUAAGCAGGAGUGAAACUACAGGAAUGCUUUCCCCAUUUCCUUCCCGAGUGCCCUUACACUCGGCCAUGCUGAAUUUAACAGUGUUGACUGUUGGCAAGCCUGCACGUAGCAGCUGUGAUGAUGCUGAAUUCAUAGUCUCUGCUUCUGAAACAUAACUGUAAAUAUUAGGAAUCCUAUUUCUUUAGGGUUAUGUAACUAGGAGUCUUAGUUCAAUAUUUUUUCCUUUAAUCCUUGCAAGCCUUCCUGCUUUAUGGUUAAUAGAUGAUCUUAAGAAUUAAAAAAUAUUUAUUGCUUUUAAAGAAACCUAUAUUUAAAAGAUGUUC